CACAUAAGCUAAGCCCUCUACGUCUCAGCCCAAUGUUGCAUAUGUGCUUCAUAUUCGAGUACGCCAAAAAGGAAAAGUAGAUGCAGAAUAGUUGAUCCAUACCAAAUUCUCAUAAAACAUGGCAACAAACUGGUCCCAGAAACAGCAAGGUCGACCACCGCAGGUUGAUUGCCUGUUGCAGUGCUUGCUUUUAAGAACACAUGACGGGAGCGGGUCCACAAAGGAUGCAACUAAAGUUGCGGGCUGCAACAAAAGCACCACAGAGGCAGAGCAUGCACACAACGCAACAAGCCACAACCCGCUCGGAGGUGCCCGCCGUGUCGGGGAGAGGCCCACUACCCCUCCGUCAUCAACCAUUCAUCCUCCCGCCCAGCAACCGCUGACAAAAAGAUUUCUACCGCCACUUGUUUUCGAAGCCUUAUUCGACACACCCCCAACUGGCGCUUUUACGGCCGGGCAGGAUUAUCUUGCCACAAGAACAAAUCAACACACUCCGCUGUCGCGGCUAAAGCGGGCCUAUAUCACCGAAGUCGCGGGCCCCGCAGGUGCGGGAAAGUCCCAGCUUUUGAUGCAGUUGGCGGUGGAGCACUGUAAAAGCCAAUUUUCACGGCUUGAGCCGCAAGAACGUGGCCACGACGACGACCCCAGUUGUGCACAACUACAAAAAACUGCAGUGUCUUGUGUCCUGGUUCUGUCCACGAACCGUGCCGCGUGGGUGGCAUAUGCAAUGUAAAUUUCCCGUACAUGUACAAAAUGCAUGACAAAUUUCGCUAACUUGCAGCGUCCAAGCAACUUGUCAUGCUAGACUAGGAUUGAAGGCAAGUUUUGUCAUGCAGAGACUGCAUUUGUACGUGUACGGGAAAUUUCCUGUGGAUAUGGCAAGAUUGCGCAGCAUAGUCGGCAGAGAAAGCGACCACCUUCUCCAGCACAUCCGGGUCCAGCAGGUGAAUUCUUUGGAGGAUGUCCUCGGAGUGCUGGCGAAGCUUGUGGAGCUUCAAGAUGUUGGUGAAGAUGAAAUACAACAGAGCGCUGAGAAUAGUACAGGAAGCCAUGAAAUAAUACCUGCUGGAAACCACAUUCCAACCACGACAUCAGGCACUGCCGUCGCGUCAUCAACCGUGGUAGACGAAACCACAGGAAGCGUGAAUCAGUUCCCGUCAUCAAAGUCAAGCGCUACGCGGCUCUCUACCGAGCAAGAAGAAGCAACUUCAAAUCUGAAGAAGCCAGAGGAGAAGCAAGCCAGCGUCGAAACAAGUAAGCCGACCCGUCAACCGCGAAAUUCUCGGCUGCAGAACAGAACGCAGAUUCAUCUUCAUCUCGGUCUCUUCCUUCUCGACGGUCUGACUAUGCUGAUCAGCGGUGCGGACUUCGCGAAUUUCAAGCACCGGGAAAGAUCCUUACAGCGCCUAAUCCGCAACCUCCGGUGCAUCAAGUGCCCGGUGUUCUACACGGCGCAUUUAGCGCAGGAUUGGAAGCAGAACUGUUUGAAGUUAUCUUUGGGGAGAACCUGGACCGAGCAAGCGUGCCACCAAAGGGUUUUCCUGCAAAGGUUACACAACGUAGACAUGGCAGGACGACAAGAGAAUGCAGGUGAAUUGGAACCAGACGCGAGUGUAGUGCUCGCCACGCUGAGCGAGGAGCAGGGGGAAGGCGUGUUGUUGGGAAUUGGAAAACGCGGUGUGAAGUUGUUAAAUUCGCUGACGUGA